GCUUGCCUUGUAGAGAGAUCAGCACUGCCAGCUGUCUGGAUCGGGAUCGCCGGAGUCGCUCGCUUUCCUCGGCUUUCCCCCUCUCUUUUGGGGAGGGGUCCCCUAGGUUUGGGAAACCAGUCCAGAAAAUCUCAGACAGCAUUUCUUGGCUAGCUCUGAUUUCUCUCCGGCAUUUUCCUUCAAAUCAAGCCAGAUGGGGACCUUCACUGGACAUUACGAAUUCUACGUAGGUGUGAGUUUGGCUAUCACCUCCAGCCUGUUUAUUGGAAGUAGUUUUAUCCUCAAGAAGAAAGGACUUCUCCGACUAAACGACCGAGGGGCCGUCAGAGCAGGCCUGGGAGGUCAUGCAUACCUGAGAGAAUGGCUCUGGUGGGGAGGACUAAUAUCCAUGGGGAUUGGAGAAGCUGCAAAUUUUGCGGCCUAUGCUUUCGCCCCAGCCACGCUGGUUACUCCCCUAGGAGCCCUUAGUGUUUUAGUCAGUGCGGUUUUAGCCUCCUAUUUCCUGAACGAGCAGCUGAACAUCCAUGGAAAGAUUGGGUGCCUCCUGUGCAUUUUGGGAUCUACCGUAAUGGUGAUCCAUGCUCCGCAAGAGGAAACGGUUGCCAGUCUGGACUCAAUGUUAGAGAAACUGAAGGAUCCAGGAUUCAUUGUCUUCGCCACCUGCGUGCUGGUGAGCUCGGCGCUUCUCAUCUUCGUGGCCGGGCCUCGCUACGGGCAGAAGAACGUCCUGGUGUACAUUCUGAUCUGUUCGUCCAUCGGCUCGCUCUCUGUCGCUUGCGUCAAAGGCUUGGGCAUCGCCCUGAAGGAGCUGUUUGCCGGGAAGGCCGCCUGGAAAGAACCGUUGGGCUGGGCGCUUUUCCUCAGCUUGGCGGUCUGCAUCGGCAUCCAGAUCAACUACCUGAACAAGGCCCUGGACAUCUUCAACACCUCCGUGGUCACCCCCAUCUACUACGUCCUCUUCACCACCGCCGUCAUGACCUGCUCCGCCAUUCUAUUCAAAGAGUGGCAGCACCUGGUUCUCAUGAACAUCGUCGGAACCAUCAGCGGCUUCCUUACCAUCGUGCUGGGCAUCUUCCUUCUCCACGCUUUCAGGGACGUCCCGUUCUCCGCCGAUCUGCUGCCCGUUUUCCUGAGGCCUAAGCAGAAAGAUCUCCCCGGGGCUUCGUGGAGGGAGGAAGACAAAAACCGGCCGUGUCUUCACCAGCCUCUUCUGGAUUCAGAGGACUCGGAGAAAGGAGACAAACCCGAGGAGCAAGACAUUCAAAGCUUAUGAAAGCUAAAAAGUUGACUUGAAAUCAUUUAAGCUCUUUCGGAAGUUUCUAAAACUUCCUUCUCCCCGGAGAAAUUUUUCCACCCCACCGGCAAUGCAGAACUAUUUGGGGACCAUUUCUUUACAAAAAUGUUUUUACUGGGAGCAUGCUUGAUGGUAGUCCUAUUAGAUUCGAGCUGAUAAGGCUAGUAGGGGCUCUGGGGGUGGUCUUCUUUCUUUCCAGCUUCCAGAAGAGAGCACAGGAAGCUUUGUGCCUGUGGAUGGGACCUGGGGAUAUGUUGAAAGCAUAUAUAUAUAUAUUAAAAAGUGGUCGGUGAUGCGCUUAUGUAUUGUUUUAAAAAUACGAAUACCUCCAUGAGCUCAAGAAUGGGCAAGCAAUCUUGUCCCGUCCUGGGAAUGGAAGAAGCACCCUGGAGAAGAUGGAUAGAAGCAAGAGACUGACAUCAGGGCAGAGAGGAACCUGGAAAAGGCAUUUCUGUCCCCCUUCCUUCACUUGACUGACAGAUAUGAACUGGAAGAAUGCAGAGGAAAAGAAAAUGGAACGGAUGUUGGGCUUGAAGGCAGAGUAACCAUAAAGGGAGCAUAUAGCUCUUUAAAUGAGGCACACGUGGAAAAACAAGCAACAGGCCUAUUGAAAUGUGUUCGCAAACUUCUUUACCUUGAAGAUUAAAAAAAAAAAUUCUUACUGCUGUUUUCUGAAUCCAGUAAAGUAUUCUGCUGCCUUUUGAAUGUAACAAAGCCUUUUAGGCUUUGCCUUAAAACUUUACAAAUUAUUUAAAAUAAAAUAUUUUCUUUAUAUGACUAUAAGGCGUGUUGCAAAUGUAAAA